UCACGGAACUGUCUUGUUUCUGGUCGAAUACCUUCAACACGUUGUGCGUGCAAGUUUACACUUUUUCCAGUUAUAUUAUCUGUUUCUUCAACAAGGAUUUAAUUCUCAGAAUGCCACCUAAGAAGGUAGAAGAACCGGAACGGAAGCCGCUAAUUGGUCGAGUAGGAACCAACCUUAAAGUUGGAAUUGUUGGUAUUCCAAAUGUCGGAAAGUCAACUUUCUUCAACGUUCUUACGAAGAGUCAAGCUGCUGCAGAGAACUUCCCUUUUUGCACCAUCGAUCCUAAUGAAAGUCGAGUACCAGUACCGGACCCGAGGUAUGACUACCUGUGUGAGUACUUCAAGCCUGCCAGUAAGGUGCCUGCAUUUUUGAAUGUGGUGGAUAUCGCUGGGUUAGUAAAAGGAGCUGCUGAAGGUCAGGGUUUGGGAAACGCUUUUCUUUCCCAUAUUAGUGCCUGCGAUGGCAUCUUUCAUUUGUGCCGAGCUUUUGAAGACGACGAUGUAACGCAUAUCGAAGGAGACGUCAAUCCUGUUAGAGACUUGGAGAUAAUCAGUGAGGAGUUACGAUUGAAAGACAUUGAGUUCCUGAAUGUCCACUUAGAGAAAUUGGAAAAGCUGGUAGUACGAGGCAAUGAUAAGAAACUCAAGCCUGAAUACGAGACUCUUCUCAAAGUCAAAACAAUUCUUGUUGAUGAUAAGAACCAUAUUCGAUUCGCCGACUGGAGUUUAAACGAUAUUGAGGUGCUGAAUAAAUAUCUUUUCCUGACGUCAAAGCCAGUAAUUUACCUAGUGAACCUAUCGGAAAAAGAUUACAUUCGAAAGAAGAACAAGUGGUUAAUCAAGAUCAAAGAAUGGGUUGAUAAAAAUGAUCCUGGUGCAUCUCUGAUUCCCUUCAGCGGAGCCUUCGAGAACAAAGUGAUUGACAUGGACGAGGCUGAGCGAGAAAAAUAUUACGAGGAAAGUAAAGUCACUAGUGCACUAGAUAAAAUUAUAGUUCAGGGAUACAAAGCACUGCAGUUGCAGUAUUUCUUUACAGCAGGUCAUGAUGAAGUUAAAGCUUGGACCAUUCAGAAAGGAACUAAAGCACCUCAAGCUGCGGGUAAAAUUCACACAGACUUUGAGAAAGGCUUCAUCAUGGCUGAAGUAAUGAAAUUCGAUGACUUCAAAAGUGAAGGCACCGAAUCGGCUGUUAAGGCUGCCGGAAAGUACAGACAACAGGGUCGAAAUUACGUAGUAGAUGAUGGCGACAUCAUCUUUUUCAAAUUCAAUGCUGGUGCUGGUUUGAAGGAUCCGAAGAAAAAGUGAUGGCAGGUGUAUUUCUUGCCACUGCUGAUUUACUUGUACGCCAACAUGAUCUUGCUCUCCUGCUGUACUCGAUGUCCCGGACUUUUCCGUACAAUCUCGUCUAUUAAAUCGUCAUCGUCAUCAUCAUCAUCAUCGGAAAAACUAUUCACUUGAUUAGUGACUCAUUUUUUUUUAAAGAAAGACGAAAAUUCCCUAGUCUAGCGCAAAAUACUCCUUCGCAUCCCAGGCUGUCGUGAGUGUACAUAUAUAAUUGAAUAUAGAUAUUAACCUCUUUCCUUUUUAUAAUUCGGUGCAAUGCUUGCUGGCGAAAGUGUAUAAUUCGAAUGAGACAUAGAGAAAGGGAGAGAAAAGGUGGGUGGGUUGCUUUAUUAAGAACCCGAAGCAUUUCUUUAUAUUCUUCUGUAUUUAUUUUACAAUGUGUUGAAUAUAGAUUCUCUGAAAACAUAAA